AUGCUCAUAAGGAAUGCGACGGUCCUCAAUGAAGGUGUUGGGCUCGAAAAGGUGGCCUUUGUGGCGGAUGCGACAAACAUUGACGAUCUGCCUAUCUUCGACCCAACGACUGUGUACAAGGAGAUCCAAGCCGUCAUGGCCAAGUACGACAAAGCCGAGUCCUUCAUCCGCGGCGCCGGUCUGAAUGCCGAACCCGCCGCGCUGAACCCUGCCCUCCGAGCAGUUCUUGACCCCCUCUCCGACGCAGCGACCGUUUUUAACGGAACCGUAAACGAGUACCGCCCCUACGAGAACGCCGCGAUGCCCACACCGCUCGAGCAUUCGACGCCGUUCACCGAGAGCGCGGAGGGCCCGCUGACGGACGACAUCAAGGGGACACUCGACCUCGAGUACUACGGCGGGCUGACGUUCGGCACGCCCGCGCAGAGUCUGACGGUUGACAUCGACACGGGAUCUGCGGACCUUUGGAUCCCGGUCGCAUGUACGGAGUGUAAUGAUGCGCAGUUUGAUACGACUAGGAGCUCGACGUACGCUAACAUGGGAAAACCGUUCUCGGUCACUUAUGGUUCAGGAUCUGUCAGUGGUACGCUCGCGCGGGACACCGUGUCCGCCGGAUCACUCACCAUCGAAGAUCAGUACUUCGGUGCUGUGAAUCGUGUCUCGAACGACUUCAACAACUCCCCCAGCGACGGACUCAUCGGGCUUGCGUUCAGCACCAUCGCGACGUCCGGAAAGCCAACUUUCUUUGAGAAUCUCAUCUCAGAGAACAAGGUCUCGGCGCCGCUUUUCAGUGUUUCCUUUGAGCGACAGAAGGAAUACGGGUCCGAGAUAUGCUUCGGGUGCUGGGACGCGAGCCAGGCUGCAGGGCCCGUAUCAUGGGUGCCGGUAACAUCCAAGACAUACUGGGCCGUGUCUAUGGACGGAAUGAUUGUCAACCAGAAGACUGUGCCAACGGUGCUAACAGGGAUCAUCGACACUGGUACCACCCUCGUCUACGUCCCCAGUUACAUCGCACAGCAGUUCUACGCACAGAUACCAGGUGCUUCGAAAGCGACCGACUACGGCGACCAAUUCUACUCGUACCCCUGCUCAGAGUCCUCCUCUCUGACCAUCUCCCUCUCGUUCGACAACAAGCCGUUCAGCAUCGACAUGAGGGACUUCAACCUGGGCCAGGACGGGUACAACUCCGGCCGAUGCAUCGGGGGUGUCCUAUCACUCAGCAACUUCCCAGACGACCUUGCGAUCGUCGGCGAUGAGUUUAUCAAGUCAUGGUAUACGACGUUUGACUACUCGCAUAAUGCGAGGGUGGGCUUCGCGCCCAGCAUCCACAACACUCCUGCAUCCCAAUGA